CAAAACACCAAACUUUUCGACAACCAACGAUCAAUUGACCUGAUCAAUUGUCCUGUCAGUUGAAGAUGGCCGAAUCACCGGCCCUUCGUCAGCGGGCUGGCAAGAAAAAGGCCACGAUCACCACGCCUGAACCCGAGGAUCUCACUGCUCCGUAUACAAAGGUUACCUCGGGCCCGAAGUACUCCAAGAAGGCUUAUGGCAUCGCUGUCACUGUUUUGACCGCUCUUGCUUUCAUCACGCGUUUCUACAGAAUCUCCCACCCGGCCGAAGUCGUCUUCGACGAAGUCCACUUCGGAAAAUUCGCAGCAUACUACAUCCAACGAACCUACUUCUUCGACGUCCACCCUCCCUUCGCAAAGCUCCUGUUUGGGUUUGUUGGGUGGUUGAUCGGUUUCGACGGUGAAUUCAAGUUCGAGAAUAUCGGGGACGACUACGUCAAGAACAACGUACCGUAUGUCCUCAUGCGUGCACUCCCGGCCACAUUGGGAGCGUUGACUGUGCCCAUUGUGUUUGGAAUCAUGCAGGAAGCGAACUACGGGCUACCUGCAUGUGUGUUGGCUGCGUCGUGGGUGUUGUUUGAUAAUGCGCAUAUCGCAGAGACGAGGUUGAUUUUGCUUGAUGCUUGUCUCGUGUUCUCGAUGGCGUUUUCGAUCUACGCGUACGUGUGCUUCAUGCGACACUCAAAGACCCCGUUCACGAGGGGAUGGUGGAUGUGGCUCAUGCUUACUGGGUUGGGUCUUUCGAGUGUGUUCUCGACGAAGUAUGUUGGGUUGUUCACGUACUUCACCAUCGGUGUCGGUGUGCUCUUCGAUCUUUGGCGGUUGUUGGAUGUUAACCACGGCUUGACGCUCCCGCAGUUCGGGAAGCACUUUGCUGCUCGUGCGUGGGGACUGAUUAUUAUGCCCUUCUGUAUCUACCUCUUCUGGUUUUGGGUCCACUUUACCGUUCUCUCCAAGUCCGGUCCAGGUGAUGACUUUAUGAGUCCUGAAUUCCAGGCGACGUUGUCCGACAAUCCGCUGACUGCGUCAUCUGUUCCCGUGUACUACGGUGAUGUGAUUACGUUACAGCACAAAGAUACUAAGGCAUUCUUGCAUUCUCACCCGGGACGUUAUCCGUUGAGGUAUGAGGAUGGACGUGUUAGUUCGCAGGGACAGCAGGUCACUGGAUAUCCGUUCGAUGACAUCAACAACCAUUGGCGUAUUCAUCCUGGGUCUCCUGUUCGUGUUGCUGGUGAUGCUAUCUUAAAUGGUGAUUUGUUCAAGUUGGAGCAUGUCCAGACCAACACGAUCCUCCUCACUCACGAUGUCGCUUCGCCUAACUACCCCACCAACCAGGAGUUCACCACCGUCCCCAUCGUUGACGCAAACGCCGGUCGUUUCAACGAUACCGUUUUCGAGCUCCGCAUGGAAAAGGGCAAACCUGGACAGCCAUGGCGCACAAAGGCCGGGUUGGCCAGGAUUGUCGCGAAACAAUACGGUGUCGCGAUGUGGACACAAAACACCAAGCCCCUCCCCGACUGGGGCUUCAAGCAACAGGAAAUCAACGGAAACAAAGCCAUCACGCAACCUUCCAACAUCUGGUACCCAGCCUCUGUCGUCGGCCCAGCUGAAGCUGAGCGUCUCGCGACCGAACCGAAGAAGGAGGUCAAGACAGUGCCGUUCUUGAAGAAGUGGUGGGAGUUGCAGACGGCGAUGAUUAGGCAUAACAAUGCGUUGACGAGUGAGCAUCCCUAUGCUUCGUGGCCGGGGAGCUGGCCGUUCUUGAGUCGGGGUGUUAGCUUUUGGACGAAGGAUGCGACAAGGGAGCAGAUUUACCUCUUGGGUAACCCGGUGGGAUGGAUUAUUGCGUCUUCUACGCUUGCGGUGUAUGCUGGUAUUGCGUUGGCGCAAGCUUUGACGGAAAGGAGGGGUGUCAAGGUCUUGAGUGAGAGGGAUGGAAGGAGGAUUUGGGAGGUUACGGGAUUCUUUGUGUUGGCUUGGGCCGCGCACUGGAUCCCCUUCUGGGGAAUGGGACGCCAGUUGUUCUUGCACCACUACCUCCCUGGACACCUCUGUUCCUCUCUCGUUCUCGGAGCUGUGGUCGAGUUCAUCGGGAGCAGAAUCCACGAGAAGGCGGCGAGGAUUAUUGGCAAUGGACACGAUGCGAGGAAGUUCAAGGAGGAGAUGGCGAGGGGUGUUGGAAUGGAGGAGGUCAUGGUUACGGGGUUGCUGGGGGUUUUGGUGUGGACUUUCUGGUGGUUUGCGCCGGUUACGUAUGGCACGCCUGGGUUGGAUGUGGAAGGUGUGUUGGGACGGAAGUGGAUGAGUACUUGGGACCUACAUUUCGCGAAGUAAAUC